CGCUAACAGUCAACAUGGCGUUCAAUUUCGGAGCCGCUGCGGGAAACACGGCAACAAGUGCCCCUGCUUUUCCAUUUGGGUCAUUUGGUGCAAAGACAACAGCAUCUACAGCUUUUGGCUUUGGCUCCCCAGCCACCACCACCACUGCGUCGUCUGGAUUCGGCACGCUCACAGCCCCUGGUUUUGGGGCAGCCACCACCACUGCUGCUGCUGCUCCAGCUACAGGAUUUAGCUUUGGCUCCACCAACACUGGAUUUGGGGGGCUUGGAGCUGGAAACACCACGGCUGGUGGGUUUAGUUUUGGGGGGUUUGGUUUAAAUGCCAACCCAGCAGCGGUCAGCUUUAAUGUGGGGUGCUUUGGUACAGCAACCACCACUGGCACUGUUUUCAGUUUUGGUAAUAGCCUGGCUAGCACAGGCACGUUUGGUGGCUUUGGGCCAACGACGACAACUGCAGCAGCAGGGUCCACCUUUAGCUUUGCCACUCCCGCCAACACCACAGGAGGCCUUUUUGGUAACACACAGAACAAAGGAUUUGGAUUCUCCGCUGGACUUGGCAGUGGGGCUGCUCCUGGGGCAAGUGGAUUUGGGACUACAUUAGGAACAACUGGUCUUGGUGGUUUCGGAGGCUUUAACAUCCAGUCAACUCAGCCACAGCAAGGAGGAUUGUUUGGUCAGCAGGCCCAGCAGACUCAGCCCACCCAGCUUUUCCAGCAGGUCACUGCUCUGUCGGCUCCCACCUUGUUGGGAGAUGAGCGCGACUCCAUCUUGGCUAAAUGGAACCAGCUGCAGGCUUACUGGGGCACUGGCAAGGGCUUCUUCAGCAACAACAACCCUCCCGUGGACUUUACCCAGGAAAACCCAUUCUGCAGGUUCAAGGCAGUGGGCUAUAGCUGUGUCCCAGUGAGUAAGGAUGAGGAUGGAUUUGUAGUCCUGAUUGUCGGUAAAAAGGAAGCAGAUGUGCGAGCGCAGCAGCAGCAUCUGGUGGAGUCUCUCCAUAAGGUGCUGGGAAACCACCAAACACUCACUGUGAAUGUAGAUGGUGUCAAAGCCCUGCCAAAUGACCAGACAGAGGUGAUCAUUUAUGUGGUGGAGCGUUCCCUUAAUGGCACCUCCAAGCGGAUUCCCGCCACCACACUCUUCAAUUUUCUGGAGCAGGCCAACAUUAAAAUGCAACUCACACAGAUUGGAGUGGCCAUGUCUGUCACACGCACAGAGCUGUCCCCAGCACAACUCAAACAGCUGCUGCAGAAUGCACCCGCAGGGGUGGACCCUAUCAUCUGGGAACAGGCCAAGGUUGACAACCCUGACCCAGAGAAGUUGAUCCCAGUACCUAUGGUAGGUUUUAAGGAGCUUCUUUGCAGGCUGCAGAUCCAGGAGCAGAUGACCAAACAGCAUCAGACCAGAGUUGAUAUAAUCUCUAAUGACAUCAGUGAACUGCAGAAGAACCAAGCGACCACCGUUGCAAAGAUUGCCCAGUACAAGAGGAAACUGAUGGAUCUCUCUCACAGGGUGCUGCAGGUGCUGAUUAAACAGGAGAUUCAGAGGAAAAGCGGUUAUGCCAUCCAAGUGGACGAGGAGCAUCUGAGGGUGCAGCUGGACACAAUUCAGUCUGAACUCAAUGCCCCCACACAGUUCAAGGGCCGUUUGAAUGAAUUAAUGUCCCAAAUCCGGAUGCAGAACCACUUUGGAGCUGUGAGAUCAGAAGAGCGCUACAGUGUCGAUGCAGAUCUUCUGAGAGAAAUCAAACAACACUUGAAGCAGCAGCAGGAGGGUUUAAGUCAUUUGAUCAGUGUCAUCAAAGAUGACUUGGAGGACAUCAAACUUAUAGAGCACGGACUGAGCGACAGUGGACACAUGAGAGGAGGCAUCCUGAGCUGAGUCCAGACCACCACAAAAACCCACAUGCUUUCACUUAUACAGUCUAAUGAAAAGAGGCCUUUUUGCCUAAUAAGAAAAGUCACCACAUUGAUUUGUAAGCAAGAGCAUCUGAUCUUAUUUGCUAGACUGACCAGUCUGUUGUUAUAAGUCCUGUAUCACCAUUGUGGCAGAUUUAUCAGGAAGGACAGGCCUGACUAUGUAUAUCAGCUUAAUGGAAACACGGUCUAAUAAUAGCCGGCUUUCUUUAUGUCAGAUCAGAUUAUGGAUACAUACCAGGUGACAUAUAAACAAGUUGAAUACAUUGUAAAUACAUCUUUGUAUUUCUUUUUUAUGCUGUAGGAAUAUUAUUAAAAUUUCCUUUUAAAUUU